AUGCCGGGGUUCAAUGUGAAGUUGACCUGCCAGCCCGAUAAAAAUGUGGUGUACACCGGCCAUCACGGCUUUCCUAAUGCAUUGGAUGAUGAUGCACUCGAAGAAGGCUACUUGGAUGACUUAGUGACGCAUCGAGAAGUUCUGAUGAUGCGAGUGAUGAACACCAUUACCGAUAAGCCCCAAUGGGAUCAGAAGGUCUUUGAUAAUGACAUCACAACAAAAUGGCGCGACGAGAUUGCCCAAAGUGGCCAAGAUGUGACUCCUACGAUGAUGGACUGGAUCAUCAAGGAGCUUCAAUGGAAAGCCAACGUUCUUAAAGAGACGGGCUAUGUCGGUGUUUUUGAUGUGGGCGUGAUCAAGUCUGAUACAGCCGUGUCGAAAGAGCUACAACAAUCACUGAAAGAGGCAGUAAAACCUCUCGAGGAUAUGUCGGAGAAAGAUUACCACCCCGGGUCUGAUAACAAAGUGGUUGACCUGGUACAUCCCUCACUGUUCCCCGUGAUCUACGGCCAAACUCGCGUGCUUCCAGACAGAGUCAUUGGCCCUCAUGACUGUCUAGGAAGCGUUGGACAAGGAGAUCUUGUCCCCAUUCCUUUGAGUCAAGAUUGCGGGCCACUAUUGUGUAGCCAACAUGACUAUGACUCCAAUGAGGAAACCCGUGUCUUCAGUGAUAAGUUUCAAUGGCUCCCGUGCGAUGUGGAACUCGGCGAUGAUGGCGGCUGUCGAAUCGUGUCAUACAUCAAUAACGCCCACCCUGUUCACCAUAAGCCUCUCUAUGAGGUCGUUGAGAAAAUUAUUGCUCAGGCAAUCCCGCUCUGGAAUCACAGUCUGUCCAGAUUUGUCGUUCCAAGAAUCGAGUACAGCGAGGUCAUAUAUGGUGAGCAUCCAGAGCCUAGGCCUGUUCAGCCGGAGGGGCAUGUUCACUACAGCCAUGCGUUCUGGGAACUCCAUGAUCAGUGGGAGAGUACCCGUCCUAUUAUUCUGCCUGAGCCAGUCAGCUUUGAACCUCGAAAAGAAAUGUACAGUGCUAAUCUACGCGAGCAAUUUCCCGACAAGAAGUUGCAGAUCAUCGUGAAGCUGGCGAACAUUGAAUUGAGCCCGGACAACCCUCAGUAUGAAGGAGGCUCUUGGCACAUUGAGGGACAGUUGAACGAGCGCAUCUGCGCUACUGCAAUCUACUAUUAUGACAGUGAAAACAUAACCGAUAACACCUUGGCAUUUCGUCAACGCGGUAUGAUGGACAUGCUAGGCAUUUCAUACCCCCAAGGGCAGUUCAAUUUCUUACAGGCCGUCUUUGGCUUUAGCGACGAUAUUGGCGGCAGCGGAGACAAUCGCGAUAUGACACAAGACCUUGGGGCCGUCGCUUGCAAAGAAGGUCGGCUACUUACCUUCCCGAACACCGUGCAGCAUUGUGUUUCCCCAUUCUCGCUUGUCGACCCGUCUAAGCCCGGUCAUCGUAAGAUUCUCGCGCUAUUCUUAGUUGAUCCCCAUCGUCGGAUUAUCUCCUCGGCCAAUGUCCCUCCGCAGCAGGAGGAUUGGGGUUACGAGAGACAGAAUGCUGUGAAUCAGGCCUUGGCAAGUCUGCCAUUGGAGCUGCAGGAUAUCGUUCAAAAUGACUUGGGGCCUAUUAUGACCAUGGAGAAGGCCAAAGAGUACCGAUUGGAGCUCAUGAAAGAGCGUGGGCACAGAUCGGGAAAACACAACGAUAACUUUGAGGCUGGAAGCUUCAAUCUGUGUGAGCAUUAA